CGCUCCCAUAUUUGGACUUGCAUUUACAUUGUUGAACUUCUGUAAAGUAAAUCUGUUGGCUCGGUGCAUGUGCAUUUUCUAUAUAAAGUAUCCAGUGAAAAUCAUUACAACGCAUUGUUCUUCGUUUCAUUUUUCAGGAGUUUUACCUUGUGUAGCCUUCUUCACACAAACUACGCUCUUUUCCUCUUUUUCCAAAGCAAAGGAAAAGAAAACGUGGCCUAGCUUUUAUACGUAUAUUCUCAGUAAUGGCGUCAAGUGUACAAUUAACAAAAUUCGGCAAUCAAGUGGCGGGCCAUGACAAACUUUUGCAGUUCUCGACAAACGAUCUCAUGGUGAUCAAGCCGUCGACACAGACCGAGCUACAGUUCUACGAAGAUUCUCAAAAUGAUCUCGAAUUUCGUUGCUGGAUCCCAAAGUGUUAUGGCAGUUUACACGCAGCAACUGAAUCCGAGUUGCAAAUGCUAGAACAACAGCAAGGAAACGGCCAGCUGGAACAAGAGGGAGCAGCUCAAGUUCCCUUAUUGCCACAACAACAACAACAACAGCGCUUACAAGACAGUGAAGGAAGACCACUGGAUGAGCAUCUAUGUUUAGAAAACCUUCUACACGGAUUCACCAGACCCUGCAUAAUGGAUCUCAAAAUUGGCAGCCGAUUGUAUGACAACGAUGCUGAUGAGGCCAAGAUUACCAAAAUGAAGGAAAACGCCAAAGGAACCACCAUCGAAUCAUUGGCUGCUCGGAUAGCUGGUAUGAAGGUAUAUGAUACGACUCGAGGCGAAUGGGCAUUAUACGAUAAGAAUUAUGGUAAAUCCAGGACAAAGGAUGAUAUUGCCGAUGCGAUCCUUGCCUAUUUCUUCCCCACAAGCAGUUACGCACACAUAUCUGAAGAAGCCAAUCGCAAAACAUUGAAAGACGAAAAAGCCGCCAUCACAUCGAAACGUAUUUCUAGCAACAAGAUGGAAUGGCUUUUGGAAUGUUUUAUCGAAGAAGUAUCCGGCAUCCGAGAAUAUCUGGAGGAGCACCCCAGCAUCCAAUUGAUUGGAUCGUCACUGCUGUUCAUAUAUGAAGGCGACAAGAAUGCUGCAGAUGCUGUAUGGAAGAAGAUGCUAGAAGAAGAUCGGAAAGAAAAGCAGCAGCAGAAAGAGAAUGAAGACAAAGAAGGAGACGAGGACGAAGAAGAAGAAGAAGAAGAAGAACGGCCACCAAUGUAUGAUCUUCGAUUAAUCGACUUUGCACAUUCUUCAUGGAGCUCUAAACAAGAAGAACAGGACCCAGGAAUCUUGAAAGGAUUAGACAGCGUUUUAAAGUUAUUGGAACAAUGUUUAGAGCGACAACAGCAAGAAAAGCUCUAGCUUUCUAUCCACUUGUCAUGUACCUUUUUUAAAACAGAUGAAAAAUUACUAUAGUACCUCUUAAUAUAAAUCUUAUUAUCAAGAUAAUUCAUACAAAC